AUGACGAACAGGAACCCAAUUCGUCUGCCGCCUCUGCGCGUGCUGCGCGUGCGCAACCCAAACUUCCGCGAGUCCAACCCCUGCGUCACUGUCAUGUCCUCUGUCCUGGCAUGCUGGGCCUCUGCCGGUCACCACGGGCGCGGCUGCACAACCGUCGAACAAGCCCUGCGCGCGUGCAUGGAUGCCCCGCCACCACCACCCAAGAAGAACAGCACGAUCAACUACCAUCUUAACCGUUUCUCGAAGCGGCUGAUUGCCCAGGCGAGGAAGAAGUGA